UACUGUGUGAGCUGCAAUUGGUCACAGCUUGUCACAUGGUACAAGGCUUUUGUGAAUAGCCCUGCACCAUGUGAUCUCUGUGAUCAUCACACAGAUUUCACAAGUAGUAAGCAAUGAUGUCAAGAAGUGACAUCUUGCUUACUACUAUUCAUGUGAUCACUGAUUGGCCAAUCAGUGAUCACAUGAUCGGGACCUCACACAGAGGUCCUGUACAGCAAUCGGUGUUCGCACCAGAUCGUGGUGCCGCGCACUCUCAGUGAGCACGCACAGUCUAAAAUGGCAGGCGCUGUUUAUGAACGACAACCCGCCCCCUGCACUGUC